AUGGCAGACUCGAAGGUGAAGGACAUGGGCCUGGCCGAGUUCGGCCGUAAGGAGCUCACUCUGGCAGAGCAUGAGAUGCCUGGCCUGAUGGCGGCACGCAAGGAGUUCGGCCCCUCGCAGCCUUUCAAGGGCAUGAACAUCAACGGCUCCCUGCACAUGACCAUCCAGACCGGCGUUCUGAUCGAGACGCUGGCUGCCCUGGGUGCCAAGGUGCGUUGGUGCUCGUGCAACAUCUUCAGCACGCAGGACCACGCAGCGGCUGCCAUUGCCAAGGCAGGCACUUCCACGGUCUUCGCGUGGAAGGGCGAGACGCUGCCCGAGUACUGGUGGUGCACGGAGCAGAUGAUGACCGUGCCGGGAGCUGAUGGCUGCGACCAGCUGGUGGAUGACGGCGGCGAUGCCACUCUGCUGAUCCACAAGGGCAAGGAGUUCGAGGAGAAGUUCGCCAAGGACGGCAGCCUGCCAGAUCCUUCCAGCACGACCAACGCCGAGUUCAAGUGCAUCUUGCAGUUGCUCAAAGACUCGAUCCAGGUGGACAAGACCAAGUACACCCGCAUGGCGGCCAAGUGCAAGGGUGUCAGCGAGGAGACGUUGCGGGUCUUGGGUGCUGAUUUCGGAGCGAUUUGUGAAAGUGCAAAGGUUCUGCAUGAGGAGACCACCACCGGUGUCCACCGCCUGCGCGAAAUGGCGGCCAAGGGCGAGCUGCUCUUCCCGGCCAUCAACGUCAACGACUGCGUUACCAAGAGCAAGUUCGACAACGUGUACGGCUGCCGUCACUCCCUGCCGGACAGCAUCAUGCGCGCCACGGACGUGAUGAUCGGCGGCAAGCGUGCCCUCGUGGCCGGCUACGGCGAUGUGGGCAAGGGCUGCGCCUUCGCCAUGCGCGGAGCCGGCGCACGGGUGCUGAUCACCGAGAUCGACCCCAUCUGCGCGCUGCAGGCGUGCAUGGAGGGCUUCCAGGUCGUGACCCUUGAGGAGUGCGUGGGUGAGGUGGACAUCUUCACCUCCGCCACUGGCAACUUCAAGAUCAUCACCCUGGAGCACAUGAAGAAGAUGAAGAACAACGCCAUCGUGUGCAACAUCGGCCACUUCGACAACGAGAUCGCCAUGGAGGAUCUGGAGAAGUGCCCUGGCAUCAAGGUGGAGAACAUCAAGCCGCAGGUGGAUCGCUUCGUCUUCCCGGAUGGCCACGGCGUGAUCGUGCUGGCCUCCGGCCGCCUUGUGAACCUUGGCUGUGCCACCGGCCACCCUUCCUUCGUGAUGUCUUGCUCUUUCACCAACCAGGUGCUGGCCCAGUUGGACAUCCUGGAGAACUGCACCAAGGCUAAGAACUACGAGAACGAUGUGUACCUGCUGCCCAAGAAGCUGGAUGAGAAGGUGGCCGCACUCCACCUGCCAUCGCUGGGUGCCAGCAUGACGAAGCUGAGCAAGGAGCAGGCCGACUACAUCGGCGUGCCUGUUGAGGGGCCUUUCAAGCCGGACCUGGACGAGGUCUUCUUGGAGGUCGGUCGCCGAUACCCCGGGCGCUCGGUGGCGCUCGUGGGUUUCUCCUGCGGCUCCUGUUUUGCAGUGCGAUACGCGGUGGUCCGCGCUCACCUAUCUGCGUGGGCAAAGGAUGCUGAGGGUGGAUUGUCCAAGACAAUUCCGCGACUCCUCUGCGUGGUCAGCUACGACAACGGCUACUGCAUAGACAAGGCUCCUGCCAGAGUGCCGAGACCAUACUGUUGGGCCUUGGACAUAGCAUUUCGAUAUCAGUACGUCUUCCGGCACUAUGCCACAUGGUUGCAGAAGUCACGCUCCUGCGCGCAGGUCGUCGAGGCCGCGAUGAGCCCGACGCGCAGCUUCAUGGAGGUGUACUAUGACGUCACAAAGCUCGCAGGCUUCGGCUGCAGAAAGAAGUGGCGCGACAAGCAGCAGUCUGUUCUCGGAGAUGUGGACCUGCCUUGCUUGCUCGUCAACUCGCGGGAUGAUCCCAUCUCUGUCUGGGACAACGUGGAGGACCAUCGCGCCGAAAUUGAGAGCAACCCUUAUCUUGCGUUGGCAGAUCUGCGUCGUGGUGCCCACGGGUGCAAGUUUGGCUUCCUGGGAUUCCGAUCCGUUGGGAACAAGAUGAUCGCCGAGUUCGUACUCGCUGCCGCCGCCGAGCUGAAGCAGGCUCGCGACCAAGCUCUGAAGCAAUCGGGCUUGAGCAGGAGCAGGUCUGUGUCGUUCUGCUUUGAUGAUUCCCCCACCCGGGCAGCCAAGGGGCUAGGGGCUGGAGGAUGA